GCAGCCCUCGCGACGGAAGUCGUCACGGGGCGAGCCCCGGCAGCGUCCGCGGUAACUUGCCAUGGCGAUGGGCAGCGGCGGUGCAGGCUCGGAGCAGGAGGACGCGGUGCUGUUCCGACGUGGCACCGGCCAGAGUGAUGAUUCUGACAUUUGGGAUGAUACGGCAUUGAUAAAAGCUUAUGAUAAAGCUGUGGCUUCCUUUAAGCAUGCUCUGAAGAAUGGUGACAUUUGUGAAACUUCAGAUAAGCCAAAAGGCACAGCCAGAAGAAAACCUGCUAAGAAGAAUAAAAACCAAAAGAAGAGUGCCACGCCUCCCUUGAAACAGUGGAAAGUUGGUGACAGAUGCUCUGCCAUUUGGUCAGAAGACGGCUGUGUUUACCCAGCUACCGUUGCUUCCAUUGAUUUCAAGAGAGAAACCUGUGUUGUGGUUUAUACUGGAUAUGGAAACAGAGAGGAGCAAAAUCUGUCUGAUCUCCUUUCCCCAACCUGUGAAGUAGCUAAUCAUGCAGAACAGAGCACUCAGGAGAAUGAAAGUCAAGCUUCAACAGACGACAGUGAAAACUCCUCCAGAUCCCUCGGAAGUAAACCACACAGCAAGUCCAAAGCUGCUCCAUGGAACUCGUUUCUCCCUCCACCACCCCCAAUGCCAGGGUCAGGACUGGGACCAGGAAAGCCAGGCCUGAGAUUCAAUGGCCCACCGCCACCUCCCCCUCCCCCCUUCCUGCCAUGUUGGAUGCCUCCGUUCCCUUCAGGACCACCAAUAAUCCCUCCACCUCCUCCCAUAUCUCCAGAUUGUCUGGAUGACACUGAUGCCCUGGGAAGCAUGUUGAUCUCAUGGUACAUGAGUGGCUACCAUACUGGCUAUUACAUGGGUUUCAGACAAAAUAAGAAAGAAGGAAAGCGCUCACAUACAAAUUAAGCAGUUCAGCUCUCUGCCAAGGAGAUGGUAUGUUGGUGUCCCUGGUCGAUAUGAACAGACGUCUCAUCGUCAUCUUGUGGACUCUUGGCUGAGUGGUGUCAUCACCAGUGUUUUCCCGUUCUGGGUCCGGGCCUAACUCACCAGUGGGGUGUGUUUAGAGCACGAUCACUUUGAGGAACAGAAUGGUGGAACUGUGAGCACGUGGAAGUCAGUCUGCCAAAGCUGUGACUGAGCACACCUGUACAAUUGUAACUUCCUUAGUGUGUCAAGAUUUUUAUUCAUGCCUUUACAAACAAAUAAAGUCCUUUUUUGAAAUAUU